UGAUGACUCGGCGCUUUACGUCUCAUGCUGCUGCUGAUAGCAAAACAACUGUGGUUGAACUGCUCAUUCAUUCCGCAAGCCUCGACCAAAGGCCUAUUUGACAGCUACCGAGUCCGUAGUGGUAAAUAUGCUCGACCACGUGGUAAGCUUCUGACCGGCCCGGGCUAGCAUUAUUAGCAACAACAGCAGUGUUUGGCUGUCAAAAGCUAGCGAGCUAACGUUAGCUGCCUGCUGACACUUAAUUAAUUAAUUAAUUAAUGUGCCCUUUAUUUUAUCGGUAACAUGCUUGUGAUUAUUCACAUUAAAUACCCCACACCUUUACCAUUAAUACUCUGAACAAGACGGUAAAGGUCGCCGCUGUUUUGGGGAGUGUGACUGGCAACAACAGACCUGGGAUCAGCCGGUGAGGAAGAGAAAAAAUAUAAAUGAGAAGGUUGAAGAUGUAGACGAUGAAAUGGAGUAUGACGAGAAACUUGCAAUUUUCCGCCAAACCCGCCUCAACCCCUUUGAUCGUGGGGAGGAAGAAGAUGUCCUCCAUGGAAGCAAGACACCACCACAGCGCGAAGCAAAGCCUGAGCUGUUAUCAGGGACCAGAACCCACAGCACGGACCGGACCAUGGACCUUGGUCUAGCUGAGGACCACUUCUCAAGGCCUAUGGGUUCAAUUGUGGCUUCUGACAUUGAACAGCUGAAAGUGGCCAUAGAGGAGUGUAAAAAGCUGAUUUUGGAGCUGCCAGAACACUCGGAGAGACAAAAGGACACUGUGGUGAAACUUAUCCAUCUUCGUCUCAAAUUACAGGAACUUAAGGACCCUGAGGAGGAUGAGCCUAAUCUGAGAAUCUUACUGGAGCAUCGCUUUUCAAAGGAAAAGAGCAAGAGCGUGAAACAGACCUGUGACAAGUGUAGCACUAUCAUCUGGGGCCUUAUCCAGACUUGGUAUACCUGCACAGGUUGCUAUUAUCGUUGCCAUAGUAAGUGUAUGAACUUGAUCACCAAGCCCUGUGUCAGGUCGAAGGUCAGCCACCAGUCAGAGUACCAGCUCAGCAUUUGCCCUGAGAUUGGACUCGACCGACAAGACUACCGCUGUGCAGAAUGUCGCACUCCUAUAUCACUACGGGGCGUGCCCGCUGAAGCCAGACAGUGUGACUACACAGGCCAGUAUUACUGCAGCACAUGCCACUGGAACGACACUGCCAUGGUCCCAGCCCGUGUCAUCCACAACUGGGAGUUUGAAUCACGCAAGGUUUGUCGCUCGUCGAUGCGCUACCUGUCCCUGAUGAUCUCACGACCGGUGCUGAAGCUAAAAGAAAUCAACCCGCUGCUAUUCAACUUUGUGGAGGAACUGGUCGAGAUCAGGAAACUGCGUCAGGAUAUUCUGUUGAUGAAACCCUAUUUUAUUACCUGCAAGGAGGCAAUGGAGGCUCGGCUCCUACUACAGCUUCAAGAUCGACAGCACUUUGUGGAGAACGACGACAUGUACUCACUGCAGGAUUUGAUCGACAUCUCCAGUGGCAGACUCAGCUGUUCCCUCACAGAGAUCCACACAACGUUUGCAAAGCACAUCAAACUAGACUGUGAGCGUUGUCAAGCCAAAGGAUUUGUGUGUGAGCUGUGCAAGGAAGGAGACAUUCUGUUCCCUUUUGACAGUCAUACCUCGGUCUGCCACGACUGCUCUGCAGUCUUCCACAGAGAUUGUUACUAUGACAACUCCACAACUUGUCCGCGCUGUGCCAGGAUGACGGAUCGCAAGCAGGAUGAAGAACCAGCUUGAUGGAUCCAGAGGACCUACUGCAGCUACUGGGAAGUAGGACCUUUGCCUCACUUUGCUCUCGCUGAACAAGUCUUACAGAAGACUCCCUUUUAGUCAAUGUCCUUGGUUGGCUUUGUGCAUAUGUUUUUAUACUGUAGUGUAACUUAAUGUGCGUCACAUAAUGAGAAGGGUACCGAGAAAUCCAUCUGAAUAUUAAUAUAUUUAUAUAUGUAUAUUUUUUUUUAUCCAACUUUUUAAUUCCUACUGAAUUUGGAUGUAUUGAACACUGCGUAUGUGUGUAAGUGUGAGUGAUUUGCAUUAGUGUGUGCGUGUCUGCUUGUAUACAAAAUAAAUGCCCUAAAGAGAGACGCCAUCUCUUCAGAUGGUGAAUAUGCGUGUAGGAGCCGUUGUACAUAAACUUAAGCAAACCUCUGCAUUAACCUACACUGACAAUUUUACCUGACUUUAAAGUAGCCAUAUACAAUGAUUGGUUUUAAAUUUUAAUUAAUAGGUUCCGAAGACUAACAUUGCUUUCAGCUACCAGUUGAUUGUUUUUAUUUUGAAAAAAUAAGAAAUCCAUAGAAAUUGCUAGACUUUGAUGUUUACUAAUGUUUCAUCAUCAGUGAUUCCUCACAAAUACUGCUCCUAAAGCAGUACACAGUCGUCCUCAGCUUAUAUAACAUCAUCAUGCCUCAGCACUAAUAUUUCCUUCCUUUCCUGCAAAAAUCUGCUAGUUUGUUGUCAAUUCGUCAAACUUGAUAACGGAAAACAGUUAUCUUGCUUGCAACUAUUUUGCCAAAAGUUGUAUGUAUCCAAUCAUUAAAACCAUUAUUUGAAUGAUAAAUACAUAGUAUUGUCAAAAGAUGUAUCAUUAAAGCAUGCAUCACUAGUAAAUAUAUUUGUUUUACUGAAAGAAAAUAAUUGACGGUAAGUGUGCUUUCCUUGAAUUCCAAACUGUGAACUCAUUUGUGACUGAUUGAAUUGUGUUUAAUAUGCUUCAGUUUGUAGCAAAUAGAUGCCAACCAUGAACAUGCCUAAAAUAGUCAGUUAAUAUACAGCUGUUCUACAAAAGCGUCUUACUACUCUUAACACUAUGUCUAUGGUUUCAGUCUUAAUGUACCAAUAGCACAUGUGGUCCAGAAAUAACAAAGAUCUUAAGUGACAAUAUGUAACAUGUAAUUAUUGAUCUGAAGUAUUUCUUUAAAAUGUGUUUUGGCUGCGUUAUCUAUCAGCAUUAUGUGAUGUGUUUUCAAACUAAGUUCAUGGUGUCUGCUAAAAGCUAUUCACUGUUCUAAAAUGUGGAGUACGGCAUGAAUAAAGUCAUUACCUACAACUACUGUCUGUUCAUGGAGGAGGUGUAACAUAGUGGGCAUCAUGGGCACAUAUCUAAACUAAUAUCUGAUCAUGCUCGUGGUUGGCAAAGUGUCACUGUGAUGUUCCUUGUUCAGACUGAGCAACUUUCCAGUAUGCCAUGGAAAUGUUGCAGCACAGAAUACCAUAAAAGAAUCAUGGGAAAUAUAAUAUAAAAUGCCAUUCAAUUGUGACAUUAAAUUAUUAUGUCAAUAAAUGUCUUUUAGAAAAGGAGAUUCUAGAUAAAGGCGACAUGGUGGAGGAAGAGUUUGAGGAGGAAACAUUUCUACCCGAAGGGCUGAAGAACUGGAACAAGAAUAAAGGGGAGGAAAAAGCACAACUAAAUCGAGAAAACAAAGCAGCCUUUUACCUGUAGGUGGAUGCGCAGCCUCAAGGCAAAUAUUCCACUGUAUACUGCUGAAUAAAGUUG